AUGGAUGCAGCGACUCAACGGCUAGCUGGCCUUGUCGCCGUCGCAGUUGGUGUUGCUACCCAUGCCCUCUACUUCAACCGUUACGAAUGCCAUAUGCACGCUGUGCUCUACCUCAAUACCUUUCUCUUGACAUGUGUUGGAAGCGCUCUAGCUUUGUACAAGGGACUUGGAGUCUCUGUCGGCGGCGCAUGUGCCGCAACAGCAUAUAUCGCAUCCUGCUACCUACUAGGCGCAUACGGCAGUCUGUUGAUGUACCGCCUCUUCCUCAACCCACUGAACCGCUUCCCAGGACCAUGGCCAGCAAGGCUAUCGAACCUUUACUUCUCUUUCCAGCUGGGCCACUCGGAUGCGUACUACAAGCUGCAAGCGGUGCAUGAAAAGUACGGCCGCUUCGUCCGUAUCGGCAGCAAUGACCUGUCCAUCAUCGAUCCUGAAGCCAUGGAGCUUACAUAUGGCAACCACAGCAAGGUCACCAAAAGCUCCUGGUACGAUAACGACGCACCGUUGACCUCUAUGCACACGAGCCGUAGCAAAGCUUUGCAUGACAAGCGCCGCAAGGUGUGGGCCCCUGCUUUCUCCGACAAAGCAUUGCGAGAGUAUGAGGCCAAGAUCGAGGCCGUCAACGAUAGAGUUGUCCAGCGCAUCGGUGAGUUCAAGGGUGCUCCGGUAAAUGUGACUAAAUGGUUCAACCUCUACUCUUUCGACGUGAUGGGCCAGUUGGGAUUCGGCAAAGACUACCACAUGGUUGAGAAGGGGGAGAAACAUUGGGCUUUAGAACUUCUCAGUGAAGGCAUGCAACCGCUGGCGUUGUUGCUGCCGACCUGGCUGUUUCGCGCAUCGACGGCGGUGCCGGGAUUGGCUGCCGGUUACUCGAAGUUCGUGCAGUUCUGCGUGGAUGAAACAAGCUGGAGGGUGGAAAACGCCAGUGAGAAAGACAAGGAGGGUAGCGUGGACAUUAUGACGUCUAUCUUGAAAGCGUACCAAGGUGUCAAACAGCCGCAGAAAGAUUCAAUGUUGCAAGCUGACGCUCGACUCAUCAUCGUCGCUGGUUCUGACACGACCGCUGCCGCGUUGACUUACUUGUUCUACCAUCUUGCGAAGGAUCGGAAACAGGUGCAGAAGCUCCGCGACGAGCUUAAGCCGCUUACGAGAGGUGAUUGGAGCGACAAGGAUAUCCGGCAUGCGCAACACCUGAAUGGUGCGAUCAAUGAAGCGCUGCGUCUGCAUCCUCCUGUCCCUAGUGGUGUUUCUCGAUUGACGCCGAAGGAGGGCAUGAUGGUGGGUGACACUUGUGUGCCCGGGAAUGUGACCUUCAUUAUGCCGCAGUACGUUAUGGGUAGAGAUGAGUCGAUCUACCAAGAAGCGGAUUCUUUCUUGCCUGAGCGGUGGUAUAGCAAGCCUGACAUGAUCAAGCACAAGGAUGCCUUCGCUCCGUUUUCAACAGGACCAUUCGGCUGCAUAGGCAAGAAUCUGGCGCUGAUCGAGUUGCGAACGCUGACGACGAGGUUGGUCUUGGAGUAUGACGUGAACUUUGCGCCUGGCGAAGAUGGGACCCGAUUAUUGUUUAACACGUUGGAUCACUUUACUGUCGAUCUUGGCGAGCUUGACUUGGUCUUUGAUCGGGUUUGA